CAGACGCGACGAUGAUGGAGGAGGGAGCGUACGGAGGCGGCAAGGCAGGAGCCCCUUUUGACCCUCUGGCGUUCGUCCAGCGGCCCCAGGUCAUCCUCAGGGCAGUGACAUGGCUCUUCUCUGUUAUCAUUUUUGGGUGCAUCUCAUCACAAGGAUGGACAAAAGACAGAACGGGGAAGGAAACCUGCCUGUAUGAUGGGGACAGCAACGCGUGCAACUAUGGGGUUGGUAUAUCCGUCAUUGCCUUCAUGGCGUCAAUCGGCUUCAUUGUUGGGGAAUACUUCUUUGAGCAGAUGUCCUCAAUCAAGACCAGGAAACACUACGUUAUGGCUGAUAUGGGAUUUUCUGGUUUCUGGUCAUUUUUGUACUUCAUUGGUUUCUGCUACCUGACCAACAAGUGGAGCAGUGCACCAACCCCUCCCUAUGGUGUCAACAACAUGCAAGCUGCCAUUGCCUUCAGCUUCUUUGCCAUCUUUCCUUGGGCUGCAGCAGCUUACCUAGCCUUCUUGAGGUAUAAGCAAGGGGCUGACCAGGCCUUUGCCCCAAGUUAUGAAGCUGAUCCAACCAACAUGGGAGGCUACAACAGCUACCCUGAUGCCACAGAUCCUGAGGGUGGCUACUCGCAACCACCGUUCACUGGUGGUCAGCCAGGCCAACCACCCCAGUCAGGUAUGCAGCAGGCACCUCCAUACUAGGCCACCAAGGUGUGUGCGCACUUUCUUUGUGGCGCAGCUAGUCAGUCUACACACUAGUCGGCACCGCUCUGCUGGAUAGCACCGUCACUCUCCCCCUCCCCCUCCCCUCAUGCCGCAAGCAACCCAAGUAUUUCAGGUCUCCUGGUAGCAGCAUACCUUAGGGGGGCUGGGUCAUCCAGGGAACAUCGAAAGGCAGAAAAGAAAUGUCUACACAGUGCUGACGUCAAUGAAGAGUCCUAGAACAAGUAAAAUAUAAUUUUUAAGGAGAUUUUUUGAAGGCCUGGGGGAGGAGCAAGCGUAAAAGAUAAAUAAUAAUGAUAAUGAUAGUAAUGAAACUUAAACAAAUGACAAUAGAGGACAGUUCACCUACCUUCCAAGACACAACUUUCACAAGAAGGGCCCCUGGUACUGGUAUAGAAGAUUAAGCAAGAAAAAGAAUAUAUACAUAUUUAUUAUUUAUUAUUUUUUAAUAAGGUUAAUCACAUUUUCAGUUACAAAAAUUGUCAGAGGAUGCUUUAGCUACCUCAUGGUUUUAUCAAUUUUUCAGCAUUGAUAUCCUUAAUGUUCAAGUAUUUCAUUACAGGUAGACUAGGAAUCCUGUUUAUUUCUUGUAAAUAUUGAUGACACAUUUUACCCUUAAAGCAGUUGCAAAGUGUUUUCUAUGUCCUGAUAAAUUGAGAGUACCAUGCGUCUGUCUUAGAAUGUAGAUGAUGUUAGGCAACCUAUAGGUCCCUCAGUUCAUUCUAUGGUACUUGGGAUAUAGUCAACAAACAUCAAUAUUCCCUAUCUGUAACACAUUCCUUUUUACUUCAAUGAAUAUAUUUUUAAAAUCUAAGUUCACAUUCAGAUAAAGAUAACAGACAGAUUGCUUCUUAAAUCUGCUUCAGAGCCAUGAUAACAAAUGUGUUCCCCCCAUGGGGGAAUGCGCUCUUUCUCCCCAAGGGUUGCCUGAGAAUGUUGUGCUCAGAUUUCACAUUGCCGUUGUUUCAUCAAAUGAUCCUUGUUAAAAAAACUUCAACUCCCAGACUGUUUACACCCUUCCCUUCCCCUCUUGAACAUGUGCCAAUAACUUGCAAUAACGAUAUUCCUGUCAGUAAGAUUAAAAGGAAGAAACACGACAUGAAAUUUAAAAGCUGUAUUGCAGUGGAGUCCAGAAUAUAUGUAAUGUACAGAUGUCGAUACUGGAAGUGGGUUCAUCAUGUAAAGGCAAGAUACGCCAUCACAAAGAUUAGUCGGGGUUGCCAGAGUGAAGCUAGGUUCAUGAUUUCUCAUUUAUCCCUUUCUCAAUCGCAAUUGUCCUGGUCUCGAAGCAUUUUGCACGGGCACCAGAUUUAAGGAGGGUUUGAUUAAGCUUAUAUGGCCAUAUCAGGCAGUUUAUCUAAUUUUUGUGCAAUAUUAUGAGGGCAUUCCUGAGAUUUGACUAAGGAUUUUCUUUUUUUAUGCUAUAACUUUAAAAAUUAUCUUUGUGAUAAAAGAAUAUACUCAUUCUUUUGCUUUUUUAAGCAAUGCACUAAUUUACUCAGUAUGAAUCUCGCUAAUUGUCAGACAGGCUAAAGACAAGACAUGUCGACACAGACACACUAUUACAUAUACUGUACAUAUGCAUACUCAUACAUGCAUAUACACCUACUUACACUGUGUUCACUUGACACCUAAUAGCUAACAUGUUAAACUAAUGGAAUAUAUAUAUAUAUAUAUAUAUAUAUAUAUAUAUAUAUAUAUAUAUAUAUAUAUAUAUAUAUAUAUAUAUAUAUAUAUAUAUAUAUAUAUAUAUUAUACAAUCUCACUUAAUCUAUUUGUUCAUAGUAACCUUUGCCCUUUAACCUAACACUUUUUUCUGUUAGGUCUGUAGUGAAUGCAAGGAAUCACUCGCAUGCAUAUGCAGCCACACACCCAGAGAUACACUCUUCUUCCUCACUUCCUUUGUAAAAAAUGCCUGAACAUAUAACAUAAGUGUAUGUUUGCAGACAUGCAAGUGAAAAUGUUAUUAAUGAUUUACAUAGCUUUACUAUGUAAAUGUAAGUAAUUUCAGUCUAUAUUACAGUAUAGGUGGGCCGUUUAGUACAGCCCAGGCAAAGCUAAUCUUCGCAAUUUCAUUGAGCCAAAUAAUGACAUAUAAAGAUAUAUAGAAUAUAAUGAAAGCUAAAUUGGCUGCACAAAAUGAAAAAGCAAUAAUUAAAAUGACGUAAGACUAUAUAGAUAUAUAUAUUUUUUCUUUUUUGCUUAUUUUAUGUGACUAGAUAUUUUUUGUUAGAGCAUGUACAUAGAUUAAUUAUUGUAAAUGGAUAAUCUGGCAACCCUGACACCAGUAACAUGGCCAGUGGAGAUUUGGUGGUUUAAUGAUCUUAUAUCUAUUUUCCAGUCUAUUUUAUGUAUAUAGUUUCAUAAUGUGAUAAUAGAGAAAACAAAUAAUUAUUGUUAAUAUAUUUUCCCCAAGCAGAGUGAAUGAAAUGUGGAUAUAUUUAUAUAUUUUGAACCACAAAGCCGUUAUUUUUGUCCUGCUCUUCAAAGCAGAUCUUCCACAGGAUAUUUUUCUUCAUUCAAAAGAAAUAAAAUAUAUACUUCCACAUAUCAUGUUAUUGUAUGAAGAUCAGAAGAAACAUUAAUUGAGCUCUAUGAAACAAACAAAAAAAAUAAUAAUUGCCUUGUUAUUAUCUAUCACUUUUUUUUUUUUUUUUUUUUUUUUUUCUUUUUUUUUCUUUUUUUUUUUUUUUUUGAAAAAGUAUUCCUUAGAUUCCACAAGAGAAACUAUGUAAGAAAAAAAAAUUAAAGAAGAAGCAAGAUUUGGCAGCACUUUACUAGACAAAUAUUUUCUCAAUUAUCUCAACUGAAUUUCCUAUUACCUUCACCAGUACUGAUCCUCUGGAAAUUUUAAAGAUAUAUAUUCAUAAGAAAUGGGAAAAAAAAAAUAAUCACAUAUGAUGGUCCAUGUCUCACCUUCAACCAACAGGGGUCAAGAUGAUUUGGUUGGCGAACCUAGUUUGUUUUUUGUGUAACUGUUGUGACUAUGUGAAAAAAGGCCGAAUAGCCCAGUUCACCUUCUGUAAUCAUAUUCAUCUAGUUAUUGGUGUAUAAAUGUACGUAAGAUUAUUGGAGCGUCAGUAGUCGCAAGUGCAGUAAUGUCAAAAUUGCUAGAACGUGGUCAACUUGUGUUGUGUUGUUGUAAAAAGAAGAAGAAAAAAAACAAAACAAAAAAAAAAAACAGGAAGAAAAAGUAAUGCUUCUGCAAAGCUGUUUCACUGGUGACCCAAGAUGCAAAACCUCAAACAUACGACAAACAGUACCGUUAAACUGUGAAACCAUUUCCUCUCAUCACUGCAGUGGUAUGAGACCUCGCCUGCAUUCGGUACGAGUAUGUACAAUAGGUUUUUGCUUGGGGCUAAUUGACUGCACAAGCGAUUGCCGACAAUUAAAUGUAUAGUGAAAUUCAGUGCUGUAGAUAUUGUUGCCAGGAUAGAAUGAGAAUGUUUGGAAGCCUUUACAAGUAGUGUAUCAGUAUUUAAGGAAUGUCUGACAAAUACAGUAUUUGAACUUUCCUAACAAAAUUUCACGCUUGGGGACUUGUCGUAAGUUGUUUGUAUAUAAAACUGUCACGGAAUGUUGGAAAUGUUAUUUUGCAUGAAAGCUAGUCAUGUAUUUGUUUUUACAUAGAGGCAUUCCUUGAUACCUGACACUUCCAUUUCAUUGUUAAGUACGAUACAUUCCAGAUAUGUUUGGGAAAUGGUUUGUUGUUUUCCCUUUGAAUGUACAUUAAGUCUGUAGGAUUUUUGUGUUAUUACACAAGUACAUUAAUUUAUGUUCUUUUUUUCUUUUUAAUCAUAGGUUAUUGGGAGGCCAAGAAAGAAAUGGAUUUUUAAAGAAAAUAGGUUUUAUGUUACGAGUACAGGUUGUUAUUGUCAUUUCAAAAACAGCAGUAUUACUUACUUUUUUUAGUAAAUGUGUAAUAUGAAUUGGGAAAAUCAAAACAGGGCAUGCACUCUUGUCAUUCAUUCGCUUCUUUUCCAAGAAAAUUAAGCCAAGAUUAGCUCUGGAUCGGUGUCUUUCAACGAACUGUUACACUUAGAACCUCCACACUGGUUGGGGGUUCAUCGGCCAUCUUCCCUCAGUCUUGUUUCUUCCCGUUACCCGGUGUUCUGUACUGUAAAAGUAUUAGGUUUUUGUUUGGAAUCUUGCUUUUCUCUUCUUCUUUAUUGGAAUGUAAUGUAAUGCACACAAUAAAAACAAAGUGCUUGAAAA